ACACUACACACAUUACACUACACACAUCACUCUACACUACACACAUCACACCACACUACACACAUCACACUACACUACACACAUCACACUACACUACACACAUCACUCUACACUACACACAUCACACUACACACAUCACUCUACACUACACACAUCACACUACACACAUCACUCUACACUACACACAUCACACUACACACAUCAUUCUACACUACACACAUCACACUACACACAUCACACUACACUAAACGCAUCACUCUACACUACACACAUCCCACUACACUACACACAUCACACUAAACACAUCACUCUACACUACACACAUCACACUACACUAAACACAUCCCACUACACUACACACAUCCCACUACACUACACACAUCACACAUCACACUAAACACAUCACUCUACACUACACACAUCACACUACACUAAACACAUCCCACUACACUACACACAUCACACUAAACACAUCACUCUACACUACACACAUCACACUACACUAAACACAUCCCACUACACUACACACAUCCCACUACACUACACACAUCACACAUCACACUAAACACAUCACUCUACACUACACACAUCACACUACACACAUCACUCUACACUACACACAUUACACUACACUACACACAUCACACUACACUACACACAUCACACUACACUAAACACAUCACACUAAACACAUCACUCUACACUACACACAUCACACUACACACAUCACUCUACACUACACACAUCACACCACACUACACACAUCACACUACACUACACACAUCACACUACACUACACACAUCACUCUACACUACACACAUCACACUACACACAUCACUCUACACUACACACAUCACACUACACACAUCAUUCUACACUACACACAUCACACUACACACAUCACACUACACUAAACGCAUCACUCUACACUACACACAUCACACUACACUAAACACAUCCCACUACACUACACACAUCCCACUACACUACACACAUCACACUACACACAUCACUCUACACUACACACAUCACACUACACACAUCAUUCUACACUACACACAUCACACUACACACAUCACACUACACUAAACGCAUCACUCUACACUACACACAUCACACUACACUAAACACAUCCCACUACACUACACACAUCCCACUACACUACACACAUCACACAUCACACUAAACACAUCACUCUACACUACACACAUCACACUACACUAAACACAUCCCACUACACUACACACAUCACACUACACACAUCACUCUACACUACACACAUCACACUACACACAUCACUCUACACUACACACAUUACACUACACUACACACAUCACACUACACACAUCACUCUACAUUACACUACACUGAACACAUCACACUAAACACAUCACUCUACACUACACACAUCACACUACACACAUCACUCUACACUACACACAUCACACUACACUACACACAUCACUCUACACUACACACAUCACUCUACACUACACACAUCACACUACACUAAACACAUCACUCUACACUACACACAUCACACUACACACAUCACUCUACACUACACACAUCACACCACACUACACACAUCACUCUACACUACACACAUCACACUACACACAUCACUCUACACUACACACAUCACACUAAACACCACUCUACACUACACAGAUCACUCUACACUACACACCUCACACUAAACACUUGGUUAGUAAGAGUAGUAAGUAUUUCAGUCAUGUACACACACUAUUGUUUUCAUUUCAGUGAUGUCUGUCCCAGUUAAGGGGCAGAUGUGUUUGCAUGCUCACAACAUAAAAGCUGUUCCACUUAGUAAUCAGCAUAAGGCCAGCUCUGUUGUGAGGUUCCUUAUUUCAGCCAGAAGGCAGGACCAAAUGUGUGUUGUGUUUUUCUCAGCGUACGAGAGUGCCUUGAAAGUGGAAAAACAUGGUGGUCAGAACCGGUGCUAUGACUGACUCAUAAUUUCGUAGUAACUGAAUCAUUUAUUUACAUCUUAAGAGAUGUAAGAGCAAUGGUAUGAAAUUUAAUCAAUUUUAAACAAACCCUCAGCGGUGGAAAAACAAGCCAUAAAUAACCGCUGUAUAAAUAAAGAAACGGUAUUAUCGCUCUGUUGUUGUGAAGUUCCUAAUAUGCACAGUGUUUCGCACCAUUAACAGCCAUAUCAUAAGUCCAUGGGCUGCACUAUUAUCAUGCGGCUCAUAGGAGCAGCAGCCCAAAACUAUUUACACUCCACCUGCUUAACUGCUCCAUCUUAUAGCGAGGAGGUACUGCCAUCCAAACCAUGCCGGAAUCGUGGCCUGCCGACUCGCGUUUCCUCUGUAAAUGUGCUCUUUUUCAACAUCUCAUGCUGUUCAGAGCUUCCUCUCACCGCACGUAGGACCUGUCAGUCUCUUCCGCUCAUCUCUUUAUCAUGAGCUGUUUGGGUAUGCAUUUUGUUUGUGGCUGGUAUUUGCAUAAGCAAAGCAAUGUUGAUUUUAGUUAGAUCUUUUUUUUUUUCCUUGCACAUUUCGCUUCACGCUGCUAUUGUGAAGAGCAGGAGAUAAGCUUCAGAAGCAUUUACUUAGUCACAGAAACAGGAAAUUACGGGGUUUUUUGUUGUUUUUUUUUUUUUUAGUUCUGAGAGCAAAGUUUGUGUAGUUCUGCCUUCUGACCUCAAAUGGAAUAAUUCUCCACCAAGGCUAAAAAUCACCUACCUACAGGUGUACGGGAUGAACUUGGCUCCGGUCCUCUGAUGCCCCUGACCUAGGGCCUACCUGGUGGAUUCCUCAUUCGCCCCGCACCACUGCCAACAUGCUGAUCAAAGAGUACCGCAUCCCCAUGCCUAUGAGCGUGGAGGAAUACCGCAUCGCCCAGCUCUACAUGAUCCAGAAAAAGAGCCGAGAGGAGAGCGAGGGCGAGGGCAGUGGCGUGGAGAUCCUGGAGAAUCGACCCUACACGGACGGGCCCGGCGGCUCGGGACAGUACACCCACAAAGUGUACCACAUUGGUCAGCAUAUCCCCAGCUGGUUCCGCUCCAUCCUGCCCAAAGCAGCUCUACGGGUGGAGGAGGAGUCCUGGAACGCCUACCCUUACACUCGCACCCGUUACACGUGUCCUUUUGUGGAGAAGUUCUCUAUCGACAUUGAGACAUAUUAUAAGCCUGAUACAGGGAAUCAGAACAACGUCUUCAAUUUGUCUUCAGCGGAGAAAAGGCAGCGGGAUAUCGACCCCAUAGACAUUGUGAAAGAUGUCAUUGCACCUCAUGAGUACUUGGCUGAGGAGGAUCCCAAGCUGUACAAGUCGGUGAAGACUCAGCGAGGCCCUCUGUCCGACAACUGGAUCCAGGAGAUUGGCCAUAACCCGGGCAAGAUUCCCAUCAUGUGCGCCUACAAACUGUGCAAAGUGGAGUUCCGCUACUGGGGCAUGCAGUCCAAGAUCGAGCGCUUCAUUCACGACGUGGGUCUUAGGAAAGUGAUGGUGCGUGCACACCGGCAGGCCUGGUGCUGGCAGGACGAAUGGUAUGGCCUGACCAUGGAAGACAUCCGGCAGCUGGAGCUGGAGACUCAGCUGGCCCUGGCCAAGAAGAUGGCGCAGUUUAGCUGCAGCGAAGACGGAGACGAGGAUAACGCCAGUCCUGCCAAAGAACAGGACGCCAAGGAGGCGAUCAACGCCAUCGAGAAUGAAGGCGCAACACGGAGUCUCGGGGACACGCUGCAGGCUCGGGGAGAACUCACCAAGCAGUGGUCCACCUCGUCCAGGUCCUCCCGCUCUUCAAAAAGAGGAGCAGCAAGCCCGUCUCGACACAGCAUUUCCGAAUGGCGCAUGCAGAGCAUCGCCCGCGACUCAGACGACAGCACAGACGACGAGUUCUUUGAUGCACACGAGGACCUCUCAGACGGCGAGGAGAUGUUUGUCAAAGAGAUCACCAAGUGGAACUCCAACGACCUGAUGGACAAAAUCGAGACGGCGGAGGCAGACGAACCCCAAAGUGACUUGUACCAGGACUCUGGGGUCGAGUAUUCCGAAGCUGGGAAUGUCCAAAGCCUUAAUGAGGAUGGCUCGGGUCAACAGGGCCUGCAGUCGUCGAAGGUGCACGUGCUGCUCCUGGUCCUGCAUGGCGGCAACAUCCUGGACACUGGAGGUGGAGAGCAGAGCAGCAAGCAGGCUGAUGUCAACACCAUCAGCUUGGCUUUCGAGACCGUCAUGCGCGUGCAUUACCCGACAGCGCUAGGCCGCAUCGCCAUCCGCAUGGUGCCGUGCCCCGCCGUGUGCGUGGAGGCUUUCUCGCUCGUGUCGAAUUUAAGUCCAUACAGCUAUGACGAGGGCUGCCUCUCCAACAGUCAGGACCACAUCCCUCUCGCCGCUCUGCCUCUGUUGGCCACAUCCGCUCCUCAGUACCAGGACGCCGUGGCUGCGGUGAUAGUGCGAGCCAAUCAGGUGUAUGGAGACUUCAUUAAAUCGUUGGAAGGUACUGCAUUCUCUGGCCAGGUGUGUCUGAUAGGCGACUGUGUCGGAGGGAUCCUGGGCUUUGAUGCCCUCUGCAGCAGCAACAUCACCGUGUCAGAGAGCCAGAACAGUAGCAGGAGAGGGAGCAUAGUCAGCGUGCAGGACAACGAUCUGCUCUCGCCGGGCAUCAUCAUCAACAGUAGCCCGUCAGGCUCGGGUUCUGGUUCUGGUUUGUCCCUGGAAGGCAGCCGUCACUUGAGCCGCAGCAACAUCGACAUCCCACGCUGCAGCGGUGCCGAUGACCCCAAGAAGCAGCUGCCCCGCAAGCGUAGCGACUCUUCCACCUAUGAACUGGACACCAUCAAGCAGCACCAGGCCUUCCUGUCUAGUCUGCACGCCAGCGUUUUGAGGAAUGAUCCAGGCUCUCGGCGGUCGAGUAACAGCACGAUGCUGGAAGGAGGCGGCGCUCUGGGCAAGUUCGAUUUCGAGGUGUCGGAUUUCUUCCUGUUUGGCUCUCCUCUGGGUUUGGUCCUGGCUCUGAGGAAAACCGUGGUCCCUUCUCUAGACGUGGCUCACCUCCGUCCAGCCUGCCAGCAGGUGUAUAACCUGUUCCACCCUGCAGACCCGUCAGCCUCACGCCUGGAGCCACUGCUGGAGAAGAAGUUCCACCUGCUGGCGCCCUUCAGCGUGCCACGUUACCAGCGUUUCCCUCUAGGCGACGGGCACUCGGCCCUGUUGGUGGAGACCCUCCAGAGCAACCCUCACCUCCUGCUGGAGAGUGGAGGCCGCUGCCACGAUGGCUUGGGCGAGACCUCCAUCCCCGUUCCCGUGCUCAACUGGCAGGCUGUGCCAGCCACGCCCGAGUCGGAUGUAAUGCACUCUCACGGGGGGAUGUUCCUGGAGAACUCCUACCCCUCGUCUCCUGCCUCAGCCCCAGCGUCCCGCAACAUUCGAAGACCCAGCGAGGUCAGCAUCGCCAGCCAGGUUUCCGGACUGGUGGAUAGUUACACUGCCUCCAAUAUCGCCAACACACAAGCAUGUCAUCUCAAUCAGUCCAAAAAGCUUAGCCUUUUGUCCCAGCUGGCCCUCCCUUAUAACAAAAUGUCCUCGAGAAGCCCAUCCCCGAAAGCCCGCUACAAGUUGCUCAGUAGCAGAGCGGCAGGCUCAGAUGAGGUGAGCUGCUUCGAGCCCUCCCCUCUCCCCAACUCCAGCCCUCCGUCGCCGAGCAUGCAGCUGGAUAUAGAGCAAGUUGCUGCUCGUUGGUGGGGGACAAAGCGCAUUGACUUUGCCCUGUACUGCCCUGAUGCCCUGACUGCCUUUCCCACCGUGGCUCUACCUCACCUUUUCCAUGCUUCCUACUGGGAGUCUACAGACGUUGUGUCCUUUCUGCUCAGACAGGUAAUGAGGCACGAGAACUCCAGUAUUCUGGAGCUGGAUGGGAAGGAGGUUUCAGAAUUCACACCCUCCAAACCACGGGAGAAGUGGCAGAGGAAGAGAACACACGUUAAGAUCAGGAACGUAACCGCAAACCAUCGCGUGAACGACGGAGUCUUUACGGAGGACGGCAUGCAGGUGGUCUCCGGCCGUUUCAUGUACGGUCCAUUGGAUAUGGUCACUCUAACUGGAGAGAAGGUUGACAUCCACAUAAUGACACAACCUCCAUCAGGAGAGUGGGUGUACUUCGACACAGAGCUGACCAAUAGCAGCGGCCGAGUUUCUUACACGAUCCCCGAGAGCAAACGACUAGGGAUCGGCGUGUACCCAGUCAAAAUGGUGGUCAGAGGUGACCACACAUCUGCAGACAGCUACCUGACUGUGCUGCCACGUGCCACAGAGUUUGUAGUGUUCAGCAUCGAUGGCUCGUUUGCUGCCAGUGUGUCUAUUAUGGGAAGUGACCCUAAAGUGAGAGCAGGGGCAGUGGACGUUGUCAGGCACUGGCAGGACUUGGGCUACUUGAUCGUGUAUGUGACGGGCCGUCCAGAUAUGCAGAAGCAGCGUGUGGUGGCCUGGCUCUCGCAGCACAACUUCCCUCAUGGCAUUGUGUCCUUUUGCGACGGUCUGGUGCACGACCCACUUCGUCACAAAGCGAACUUCCUCAAGUCCCUCAUCGCUGAUGCACAUAUGAAGAUCUUCGCUGCGUACGGCUCCACGAAGGACAUCUCGGUGUACACUUCGCUCGGCCUGCCGCCGUCUAGCAUCUACAUUGUUGGCAGACCAACGAAAAAGAUGCAGCACCAGUGUCAGUUCAUCUCAGAUGGGUACGCGUCUCAUUUGUCACAUCUGGAGUACAGUCAGCGCUCUCGACCGGCCAAGACAGGCAGCACACGUGUGACUCUGCGUAAGGGAAGCUUCGGUCUGGGUGCCAGUAGCGACUUCCUGCGCAAACGCAACCACCUGCUGCGUACCAUCUCCUCCCAGCCGGCCCCCUCCUCCUCGGCCACGUCCUCCGGCCACCGUCCUGAGCGCGCUCAGAGCCAGUCGGAGUUUGACCGCGAGCGGGCUGAGCGUGCACAGAGGAGCAUGAGCAUUGCGGCGGGCUGCUUCGGGCGUGCAGGGAAGUUGGAGGGAGGCACCCUGAGCCCCAAGUAACCCUCCAUCAGCUUGGCGUUUAUUACCGGGAGUCCGCCGGUCCACGGGAUUUUAAAGGAAGUGUGGAUCGGGAAGAAAAUGGGAUACAAUGGAACGGACUCUGUGAGAGACUGGCACGGCUUUUCUAAUGUAGCAAGAGUGGCAUUGGGGAAAAAAAGAUUUUGUUCCACUGAGGUAACACACCAACAAGAAAUCUAAUGCCUUACGUAUCGCUCUAGAUUUUGGAACGCUGGUCAUUGCCUCUCAGUUUGCUUGAAUGUACAGAGGAAUCGGAUGCUUGGGUAGUUCUGACUCCUCCAAUCUCCACCUGCAUCAUCAGAAAAGUGGAAGAAGUCUCCAACGUCAUCGUGAUGUCCACCAACAUUUUCCACCUGUAGAUACAUGCCUCCCUCCUCACGUGCUCAGGGCAGCCGUGUACAGACAAGUCGGCCACGGUCAAUCCCAGAAACCACUCGUGUUAGCCACACUCAAGCCCUCUUUGCCAACCUCUUGCCCUCAGUUUCUUCCUCUUUUUACUAAGCUAUUCUUAUGGAGGGGGUUCUCGUCAAAAGCCCUGCAGCAUUUGGCAAUAAGGACCCACCGUGUUGCGUCUUGUGUUCAGCUCACAGGUCAUCAGAGGCCUUACUUCUUACCACACAAGCAUUAAACAUACACGGGGCGAGUGCUGCUCUGGGGCCGAAAGCGAGGACAGUUGACACUCGAGCUGUAAUUUGGCAACAAUCCCUUUAUCUGGCCAUCAUGCUUGCAAUACCUCUCGGACAUCACUAGGGUGUCUAGCGCUCCUGAAAACUCUCGCUCAUGUCUCCGGUGCGCCAUGGCAUGUAUAGAUAGCCAAGUACAAAUCCUCCUGAGCCUCCACGCUACCACGUUUCCUCAGCACCCUUUUUUCUCCCUGGUUCCGGAGCAAAAACCACUUUGCUGCUCCGUUCCUCCGAACGAGACGACUGGCGUAGGCGUCUAUCCACAUUUACAAAGAGUACACUGGGGAGAUCCGUUUUCUCAAGACGCUCGACUCGGUAGUCGGUCGUCUCUCACCAGUUUGUGCACCUUUAUUGCUUUGAUUUAUCUGAAGAAUCAGAGUAUACACGGACAACUGGCGGCGCUCGAUAUAACCGAUGGCCAAAACCAUUUCUUUUCCAGAAGCUGUAGUUACGUAAAUGUAUAACCUCAUUGUUCCUUUUGCACAAGUCGAUAGUGGAACCUUGUUACCAUCUCAUGUGGCUACAUAUUGUUAUCGUGUAGUGCAUGAUCUUUAUUAAUAUAUGACAGAUUUCGAGUGCGUGCGCACACAACGGUAGUAUUUAUCUCUAUUGUCAGGAUUAAAAAAUGUGCCAAAAUUAGAAUGAUCAUAGGAAGGACAAACAAAACAUCAGUUAUUUCCUUUGUAAAUGUACUACUGGGUAUUCGAUCCGAGCGUCUGUUCGAGCUGUAAAGAAAGGAGUUCGGCACGUGUAUAACGUUUAUAAGAUUUCUAUCAUUUCAGGUCAACAUGAAGUCCUUUAAAAGUCUGUGCUCUAGCUUACUGUUCAUAUGUAAGUGAGAUGUAUAGAACUAUUGCAGGAUAUUCUUUUAAUCAUAAGCUGUGAUUUUACUUUUGUUUUUAGAUUCAACGGCAUGAUACGUUGUAGCCAAAUACUGUAUAGAGGUUGUUUUUUUUUUGGUAUUUGUUAACAGGCAGACACUGGAUGUGAGAGGAUGUGAUGUAUUUAAUUAGGAUCUUAUUGGAGUUGUAUAUUUGAACGGAGCGCUGGAAGGUUUUUGGAUGCAGCAGCCGCUUGUUUAUAAAAGUUCAGGGGAUUGUAGAAUGUUUUACGAUCGUGUGGGGAAUAACCGACGUGUAGAUAUUGUAAAGAUGUACAUUUUACUAUAUAGGAAAUGUAUGGUGAGGAAUUAUUUAUGUAGAUUCGCAAAAGUAAAUGUCAGAUUUUAGUGCAUUCAUGGUUGCUUAAAAUGUUUUUUUUUUGGGGGGGGGGGGUAGUUUCUUUAAGGACCAACACCAUUAAUGACAUCAGCGCAGUUUGUGUACAACAAGACACCACCGCACAGACAAUCAGUCUCGGGCACACAAACAACACACCUAGAACACAAUCAUCUGGAAAUAAGACACUCAUCACUCAUCAAAUACUUAACCGCCAUUGGAUGAAAGACUUUCUGGGGAAUGUAAAAGAUUUAUUUUAUUAAAAUCUGGCAAGUUUUAAUAUGGUCUUUUUUUUUUUAAUUGGAAAGGUUCACCAAAUUUAAAAGAAAUUUCUGUGAAGAAAUUUGUAAUUUGGAGAAGUAUUUGAAGGCGGUGUGCGUAAAAUAGCAACGUCACACAAGCGUACUCGAACGUAAAGUGUUUCUGUGUAUAAUAUAACGCCUUCACGGAGGUUUUUAAAUCAGUCCAGCAGAGGGCGCAAAUAAGCAGCUUCAACGCUAGAAAAUGCAGACGGGUUUUUUUUUUGGAGAAGUUAAUGUGCAAUAUGUACUCGUGGUUGAUUUAUUUUAUACAGAAGUCCAGAAAUGUCCGGCACUUUUUCCUCCACGAAUGACAAAAUCUCUGUUGGAAUCACUUUCUGAUUAAGAGGUUAAGAUUAGCUGUUUCUUAAUGCUAUUUAAUUUAAAAUCAAAUCAUAUUGCAAUCAAAAACCAGUUCUACAAUCUCCAAGAGCUGUUUGUUUGUUUGUAAAUUGUUAUUAUUUUUGCCAUCCUUGCCAUUUUUCCCCCCUCUUUUAAUUCAACCAAGUGAUUUAUUCCAUCCAAUGUUGUCUCCAAAACAUUUAGAGAUACAAACUGGUGAAUAUUACUGGGAACCACAGGAAAUAUAUAAUAUAAUCAUUUCUAUAUUACAGAUUUAUAAACAAGCAGCAGGUCAGGUUUUGAGUGUAACGUUCCAUUUUUCAAUAACUUAUUACGAAUUCACUGUCCUCUGUGUAGAAAUCAGCAUGUAAUCACAUUAAAACAACAAAAAAAACAUGAAUUUGGACACAUUUCUAAGUUAAAGGCACGAUGUGAUAUUGUAAAAGCAUCGGAGAAUGUACUGCUGAUGCACACUGUACUACAGCAAAGACGUGGCAGCAAUUCUAAACGUUCAGUUUUGGUUUCAGACUCUCGGAGAAAACUCUGAGCAUUUCAUCACCUCAUGUUUCUUUACCGAGUUUUCAGAACGUUUCUCAAAACCCCGUGUAUUUCCAACCGUACACUCUGAAUACAAACUAACACUGUAAACAGUUUUGAUCUGAAUGACUUCUCGGCUCUUUUUCACCCACUUGUGCUCGGUUCUGUAUUAUUGUAUGUACUGUGGAUUAAAUACAGUUGGACAGCCA